ACCGAUAUGCUAUAAAUAUAACAUCGACCUUGCUACAGGGUUGGUAAUGGUAUUACUACAAUACUGCUAAGUACUUUAAUUUCUUACGUACGUACCCAGAAACGAAAGGAAGUUGAUUGUUAAUAGCUUAGCUUGCUAGCUAGCAAUGGCAGGUGAAGUAGUAGCGAGGAACAAGCGGGUGAUAUUGAAGGACUAUGUGUCUGGUUUUCCCAAAGUGUCGGACAUGUAUGUCACCACUGAUAGCACAGUAAGUCUCAAGGUUCCAGCAGACACCGCCAAUGCUGUUCUACUCAAGAACCUCUACUUGUCCUGCGAUCCCAUGAUGCGGUUCCUCAUCAUGAACUCUCAGCAGAAAAUGAACAAAUACCUCUAUUGCACUCCUGGAUCUCCAAUACGUGGGUACGGUGUGUCUCAAGUUGUGGACUCGAGUCAUCCAGAGUAUAAACAGGGUGAUCUGGUGUGGGGGUUAACCACAUGGGAAGAGUACAGCCUCAUCACAGACGUCGUCUCUGAAACCUCACUCGUUAAAAUACACCACACUGAUGUCCCUCUUUCUUACUAUACCGGACUUCUUGGCAUGGCUGGUAAGACUGCUUAUGCUGGAUUCUCUCAAGUGUGUCCUCCUAAGAAAGGAGACAAGGUGUUGGUCUCUGCAGCAUCUGGUGCAGUUGGUCAGCUCAUCGGACAGUUCGCCAAGUUGGCUGGCUGUUAUGUUGUUGGAUCGGCCGGAUCUAAACAAAAGGUCGAUCUACUAAAGAACAAGUUGGGGUUUGACGAGGCUUUCAAUUACAAGGAGGAAAAUGAUUUAGAUGCCGCUUUAAAAAGGUACUUCCCUGAAGGAAUUGACGUCUACUUUGAGCAUGUGGGUGGGAAAUUGCUUGACGCAGUGCUGCUCAACAUGAAAGAUCACGGUCGCAUUGCUGUGUGUGGAAUGAUCUCACAAUACAACCUUCCAGAGUUUGAGCCACUUAAAAACUUGCUCCAGAUUGGAUUCAAGAGGCUCAACAUACAUGGAUUUACGCAUCGCGAUUAUAAUCACAUUGUGCCCAAGUACUAUGAGUUUGUGCUGCCUUACAUCCGGGAAGGUAAAAUAGUGUACGUGGAAGACAUUGUUGAAGGGAUUGAGAAUGGUCCAGCAGCACUGGUUGGACUCUUUACUGGUCGCAACUUUGGGAAGCAAGUAGUUGCAGUUGCACCACCUCAAACUUAAUACAUCCAGAUCGACGAGCUUCCUUCAUCAAUCCACAUCCUUGCUAGCUAGUAAUAAAAUUACUUUGUCGAUCGAUAUUUACUGGGAAGCAUAUAUUGCAUAAUUUGUAUUGCAUGUGUACUAUGUUGAGAGAAUAAAGAUUGUGUUGCAACCGAUUACUAUAUUGUACCUGUGCCAUUGUGUACCGAAUGAUUCUGAUAUGGUCAUAUGGAUAUACAUGACUUUGUUGUUUCCAUACACAAUUGGAUGUUGGAAACAAUUUGUG